AUGGCGAUCACUGACUCUUCGAAACCGCUCGCCUUUGCUGUGGCUGCCUGGCUCGACUCACAGGGCGAUGCCAAGCUCAAAGAAGCUGCCGCUGCGGUAAGCUCUGUGUUUUCUGUGGACCCCAGAUCGCCUGUGGACAGGGAAACAUACGCGAAGAACUCACCUGGCCUGCAGGCUAUUUUUGAUGUGUUCCUCAAGACGCAGGAGCGCAUGGGCGGCGCUGCGUCCCAGCCUAAGAGUACAGCGAAGGAGGAGGGUGUGUCGGAGGCCGACAAGGCCCGCGCAGAGGAGCUGAAGAACGAGGGCAACAAGUACAUGUCGGCGAAGGACUACGGCGCCGCGCUCAACUCGUACACACAGGCUAUUGAGCUGUACCCCUCGUCUCCCGUAUUCUAUUCUAACCGCGCCGCAGCGUACAGCCAGAUUGGCCAGCACGACGAAGCCAUCAACGAUGCAAAGAAGGCUGCGGAGAUCGACCCCAAUUUCGGCAAAGCGUACAGUCGCCUUGGUCAUGCCUUGUUUGCCUCGGGCAGGUUUGCCGAGGCAGCCGAGGCCUACGAGAAGGGUGUCGAAGUGGACCCCAGCAACAAGCUAAUGAAGACCGGCCUCGACACCUCCAAGGCGAAGCUGGCGGAGAGUGGCAGCAAGGAUGCCGUGGCGUCCACGCCCACCCCGAAUCUGAACACUGGUGCGGGCGGAUUCCCUGGCGCCGGUGCCGGUGGCAUGCCUGACCUGAGCUCGCUCAUGAACAACCCGAUGGUGUCGCAGAUGGCGCAGCAGAUGAUGCAGAACGGCGGCCUGGAGCAGCUCAUGAACAACCCGAUGCUGCGUCAGAUGGCGGAGAACUUCGGCUCGAAUGGUCAGAUGCCGGAUAUGUCCUCCUUGAUGAACAACCCUCAGCUGCGACAGUACAACAGGAUGGCCCAGCAGUUCAUGGGCGGCAUGGGUGGCGCUCCCCCGCGUCCGUAG